AUGACGCGUUUAGAGGGGGCUUGUGCCGAGGGCGCCCGAUUCAACAGCUCGAAAAGAUGCCUCCCCGGGACCCGUGAACGGAUUCUGCAGAUUAUUAUCGACUGGAUCAACGAUCCGGACGAUACUCGCCGCAUGCUUUUGCUCGCUGGUCCAGCGGGAACGGGCAAGUCGGCAAUCGCUCACACGAUAGCUGCCAUGUUCCAUGAGAUCCGUCGCCUGGGAUCCUCCUAUUGCUUUGACAGGUCCAAGGAAAAACUUACGCGUGCUACUCCCGUUAUCCCUACCAUCGCCCGCGAUCUGUCCGAACGCGACCCUCAGAUGAGAUACACGCUUUCGAACGCCAUCGCUCAAGACUCCGCUCUGAUCACUUCCGAUGACCUCCUCGAACAGUUCCGACGCUUGAUCGUCGAACCGGCAGAUCAGCUCGCGAUCUCAGGUCCAAUCGUGAUCGUCAUCGACGCUCUAGACGAAUGUGAC